AUGUCUUCCGACAACGACUACAUGUCCUUCCUGAACAAGGCCAACGCCGACCUCAAUGCCAGCCAAUUUCAGCCCCAACGAGGCAACACUUCUUCCACCCCACGCACUCAAACCAUCCACACCAACGUCCGCGUCCCCGCGCCCCUCACCUCCGUCGACGCCUUCUACGUCUCCGAAACAGAUGAGCCAUUUGAACCAGUUGCUUUGAAAUGGCCUGAUGCAGAGCGUGGAAUUUGGCCUGAUGCUGCUGCUCUCUCCAACCUAGUUUCUCCAGAUGCGGACCUCUCCAACUCCAUCGAGACCUUGACAUUUUCGACGUUCGACCCGAGAAAUCAGUAUGCCGGGGUGGUGAGAGCCGUCAGGGCUGCCGUUGGGGAUGAGGAGGGCGCGGCUGUCAAGGUCUACCGGGUUGAGGUGGCGAGGUCGAGGGUGGAGUACUUUGUUUUGGCGCUGGAUGGGACAGAGGGCUUGGUUGUUGGAUUGAGGGCUAAGGCUAUUGAGACCUAG